GGAACUCAUUGCAGGUGACGCAACCGCCGUGAAUGUGAGCAUCCAGUCAUUGGCGUCAGUUUCAUCCGCGAGCGACCUGACUUCUCCAGUGUGCCCCUCUUUCAACGCAGAGGAGGUCGAAGAGAACUGCGGGGGACAACACGCUCCGGCUGCGCGAUGGCACAGCUUCCAGCAGACUGAUGCCAGCAGCCAGCACUGGAACUUUCCUUUUCUUGGGCCGACGAGCAGUGCAGUGGCGACGCUUUCCGUGGGUCAAAUGCUAGUCCUGCGGAAAGUGGCGCUAUUCCGCCUAACUGCCCUCAUGGAGAAGCAUCGCACGUCGUUGAAGAAUCCCAGCUUUAUUCAUUGGGACCUGCCCAAGUUCAUCCGGCGAAUGAAACCGCCGGAAUAUAAAGAUAAGCGGGUGUUUGGUGUCCCGCUGCACGUGGUGUUGCAGCGGACGGGCUACCCGAUCCCCGCCGCCAUCCUUGCCGCCAUGUCCUUUCUGCGUCGCGACUGCGUGGACGCCGUGGGGCUGUUCCGCAAGUCCGGCGUGCGGUCGCGGAUCGAGAAGCUCAAGCACAUGUGCGAGUCCGAGCCCGAAGGCGACUUCAGCACGGCGUUCGACGGCCAGCUCGUCUACGACGUCGGGGACAUGGUCAAGCAGUACUUCCGCGACCUGCCGGAGGCCCUGCUCACCAACAAGCUUUCGGAAACCUUUCUCAAAAUCUUCCUGCUAUGCGCAAAUGAUGCAUACAUGUUCGGUGCUGUACAGCAUGCAGAUGUUCCCUCGUUUAGUCGUCCGACCAUCAGCAGCAGUGCUGCGUACAGCAUGCCGUAUAGGCACUUGCCGGUGGAGUGUCGGGAGGAGGCAGUGAACGCUGCCAUCUUGCUGAUGCCGGACGAGAACCGCGAGAGCCUGUUCACGCUGCUCACGUUCCUCGACGAGAUCGCGUACAAUUCAGCCAAGAACCAGAUGAACGCCGCCAAUUUGGCCGUCUGCUUUGCGCCGUCUCUGUUCCACCUGGCUGGCGGUCACUCAUCGAGGUCCGGUUCGCCGUCUCCAGCACGCAGUCGCGGCGGCAGUCCGAAAUUGGGCGCCAAAGAGACCGGCGUUGUUGGACAGCAGACCUGCGGGAUGGUGAUGUCGGGCAUGCCGGAUCAACGGGAUCUGAUGGAGCAGCGCGCGGCGCACCAGUGCCUCGCAUUCCUCAUCUCCAAUUGUCGCAAGCUCUUCACGGCGCUGACACCUAUAUUCGAGAUAAUGCACAAGGUGAAGCAGAACUGGGACAACCCUCGUUUGAACGCGCUUCCACUGAAACUGAUGUCGCACUGCGAGUUCAACUACUUGGAAGUCAGCCGUCCUGUGGGCCUGGACUCCCUCGGCCUAGAUGUCAACGGCAACUGGCGCACCUACAUGGAAGCCUGCGUCACUGGUCUCAUGAAGGAAACCAAAGACGGGUACAGCGUGUCGAAAUACUACCGAUGGGUGGGUCUCGCGUGCGGAGUACCAAGCGUGUCUGUUCAUUUCAAGAAGGUUGGGGACGGGCAUCCCCUGAGGCUGUGGAAGAUUUCCACCGAGUGCGACGCGCCGCCGGUCAACAUCAUGAUCCGCAUCUUGAAAGAAAGGCCAUUAUGGGAUCACCACUUGCUCAAGUGGAAAACAAUAGCGAAGCUUGACACCGACGCCGAGGUGCUACAAAUGGUUUCUGCAACCAUGGAACCUCACCCACUGAAUGAAUUUCUCGUGCUGAGAUUCUGGCGGGGACAACUAACGACUGCUGGUGGUUGUGCUGUUGUUGAAACAAGCGUGGAGCACGAUGCUGCCCCUCCACUGCCCGGCACUGUGCGGGGAGUAGUGCUGGCAUCUCGCUUCCUCAUCGAACCGUGUGGCAGUGGGCGCUCGAGGGUGACGCACAUCUCCAGGCUCGACUUGAAGGGACAUUCAGUUGAAUGGUACAACAAAAACUAUGGCCAUGUUGCAGCAUCAGCACUUUCCAGGCUGCGAGAGUCAUUCCAAAGCUGUGCAGAAGGACCAGAAACCAAAGUGUAGAGUUAUUUUUGCAGCGGACAUGCGGUCCCUCGACGUGUCUCGCCCGUUCAUUUCUCUUCAUGCAGUGUUGAACUUAUUGUUAGAAUUCCCAUUUUUCCGAUGUGAACAAGAAAUAUUUCUUCUCCGUCAAAGUAUCAUUAAAGAAGGCAGGGCAUCCUGGCUCGACUACCGUGUACCUGAUGAGGGCCCAAAAAAUCGACAUCAUGCAUCAGGUUAUAUAUUUUUUCCUCCAGCAUCAGUCACACGAUUUAAAAUCCGACUGGGGUCUGAAAUAUUGCCAAACGUCAUAUACACUUAUACAGUAUAUUGCUUCAAAUGAAAAGAAAACAUGAAUUACUACGGUUAUAAUAGUUAGUGUCUGCAUGGAUUGCUCGCACUUGCCGUUAUGAUUGUUCUGCCUUGAGAGGAAAGAAAAAAGCCAGCUGUGAUUUGUUCGUUCGAGUUGAUGAUAAUGUUCCGAAAAAUGUGCGUCUUCCCUCCCGGUGAACGGACUCUUGAUUAAAUUCGGCAAAUGAAACCCUCGCAGCAUCUGUGCUUGCGAGUCCGUCUGCAUCAUGUGCACUGCCGACUGACGUGUGCUAGUCAAGACGGCAAUUAUACUUGGUUUUCUUCAAUUCAACUGGGAGAUGCGACGAAAGCUGUAAUGUUCGGCUGCGAUUUUAUUUUUACUGAAGGAUCGUCGUUCUGGGUGCGUGUUUCGAAUGCAUCGCGUCGUCUAUUAUUUGAUGAGCUUAUGCUGCUGCUGGAGAAGGGGGCUUGUUAUUUGUGGGAAUCUUUGCUGCUGGGUAUGAAAUGCAUGCCACGUUUUCCUUGUUUUCCACAACGA